AUGCAUAACUCGGAAAUCAGCAAGCGACUUGGCGCCGAAUGGAAGCAGCUGUCCGAUAAGGACAAACGCCCAUUCAUUGAUGAAGCGAAAAGGUUACGCUCAAUACAUAUGAAAGAACACCCAGACUACAAAUACCGUCCACGACGUAAGCCAAAGUCAGCCGUAAAGACCCAAAAUCGGCUUCCUCUCGGCAUUGCACUACCGCCUUUCGCAACUCAAGCACUUUUUGCCAACUACAAUCACUUGGACAGUAUCAAAGCACCGGAUUUUACCAGUUACUAUUCGUCAUUUUUCCCGAAUACAAUGCUAUCCGCCUCCUAUACGCCAUACGACGUAAUGGCUGCCUAUGCUCGACAAGCAGCAGCCGUAGCCGCAGCUUCACAACCACAUUCAACGAAUUCACUGCCACCUUCAACCUGA